GUUUGAGCUCUGUCAGUGUUUGUUCAGUCAGCAGAGGAACAUGGCUUCAUCCUUUCUGGGCUUUUCCCUCCUCUUCCUCAGCCUGAACGCAGCAGAUGGAUUUAAAAAUUAUGCGGUUGGUCACUGUGUGUUCAACUCCUCUGAGAUGAAGGACAUCGAGUACAUUUGCUCUUUUUAUUACAACAAGGAUGAGUUCAUCAGGUUCAGCAGCUCAGUGGGGGAAUUUGUGGGCUACACUGAGCUCGGUGUGAAGAUCGCAGAGAGAUGGAACAACGACACUGCAUUUCUGGCGAUGGCGAGAGCAGAGAAGGAGACAGUCUGCAAAGUCAACAUUGAGAACUGGUACCCGCACACGCUGGCUAAGAAAGUGGCGCCCUCUGAUGUCACGCUGAGCUCGGUGACGCCCCCUGGUGGGAAACACACCCACAUGCUGAUGUGCAGCGUCUACGACUUCUUCCCCAAACACAUCAGUGUGAAGUGGCUGAGAGACGGAAAGGUCACGACCUCUGAUGUCACUUCCACUGAGGAGCUGGCGGACGGUGAUUGGUACUACCAGAUCCACUCCCACCUGGAGUUCACGCCCAGGUCUGGAGAGAAGAUCUCCUGCAUGGUGGAGCACAUCAGCCUGAGUGACCCACUGAUCAGAGACUGGGAUCCGUCUCUUCCUGAAUCUGAGAGAAACAAGAUCGCCAUCGGAGCUUCAGGUCUGAUUCUGGGUCUGAUCUUAUCUCUGGCUGGAUUCAUCUACUACAAGAGGAAGAUGCAAGGACGGAUUCUGGUUCCCACAAACUGAGUGCUGCCCCCUGCUGGAGAGGAGGACAUCCAGGAUGGAGCUCAGCUUCCUGCACACAGCCUCAGCAGCAG